AUGCCAGAAAACGAUUCAGUGAGAUUGUAUAUUUUGCUUGACCAGGCUUCACUAGAGUCAGUUAAGGCAUCUAGUGGAAAAGAGUUCCAACUACUUAAUCCUGAUAGACAUAAAGAUCGGAUUUUAAAGGCCGGUGUUGAUGUUGCCACAGUUCGUCCAGAUAUUACCCAUCAAUGUCUACUCAUGCUACUUGAUAGCCCAUUAAACCGAGUUGGCAAACUGCAGGUUUUUAUUCGAACAAGAAAAAAUGUGAUAAUUGAAGUGAAUCCUAAAACAAGAAUACCACGUACAUUCGAUCGAUUUUGUGGGCUUAUGGUGCAACUUUUACACAAACUCUCAAUACAUGCUGAAGGUGGCAAUCGUGAGAAACUAUUAAAGAUCGUCAAAAACCCUGUAACACGACACUUUCCAAUCGGUGCUCCAGUUAUUACAAUGUCGUUUUCAUCAAAGGAACAAAUUAAACCAAUUCAACUAGCUGAAGAGACACAGAAACCUAACCCUCAAUCAGUUGUUAUUGUUAUUGGUGCAUUAGCCCAUGGUUCAGUUGUUGAUACUUGUAAAGAGUUUACACAACGUACAGUCAGUAUUAGUAACUUUCCUUUAUCGGCCGCUCAGACAUGCGCUCGAAUAUGUACUGCAUUCGAAGAAGUAUGGUGUGUUGAAGAUAUUUUAAGUGGAGUAGAAACGCAAAUAGAAACCUGAUACAUUAAAAUGACACCGGUGAUAUGUAUGAUAAUAUUUAUU